ACUCGCUACCGACCUUUUCGUUUCGUGCGAGGCCGACUUCCUCUCGUUCUCAGCUGCGUCAUUUCCAUCUCAUCCUGAUCGAUUUGUGUUAUUCGAUCGCGAUUUCACGAUCACGUCUUUUCUUUCCCUUCCAGGUUCCUCCUGGAAAUCUCUGAUUGUGCUUGGGGAAGUUCGGAUUUCUAAGAUCUGAUUCAACAGGAAAGAGAUGGUUUUAUACUUCAAGGCCCGGCCGGAGGUUGGGGAUUACACGAUCUACAUGGGGCUGGACAAACACGAGAACGAGGAGCUGAUCAAAUACGGAUUUCCGGAGGACAUAUGGUUUCAUGUCGAUAAGAUGUCCUCAGCUCAUGUUUACUUAAGGUUGAACAAAAGUCAAACAAUUGAUGAUAUUAGUGAAGGUUUACUGGAAGACUGUGCUCAGCUUGUCAAGGCCAAUUCCAUUCAAGGAAAUAAGGCUAAUAAUGUAGAUGUCGUCUAUACUCCAUGGUAUAAUUUGAAGAAGACUCCUUCAAUGGAUGUUGGGCAGGUUGGGUUUCACAAUUCUAAAAUGGUCCGAACUGUGAGAGUUGAGAAACGUGUAAAUGAGAUUGUCAACAGGCUGAAUAAGACAAAAGUGGAGAGGAAUCCAGAUCUAAAAGCUGAGCGUGAAGCUGUCAAUGCAGCAGAAAGAGCUGAAAAGAAGCAGCUAUUAAGAGAAAAGAAGCGCCGAGAAGAAAUGGAAAGGCUUGAAAAGGAGAGGCAGACAGAACUGAGGAGCUACAAAGGACUCAUGGUUUCUGAGAAGAUGACUUCCAACAAGCAAAUUGCAUCCACCAAUAAAUCCCUGCAAGAGCUUGAAGAAGACUUCAUGUAGCUUCACCAAACUUAAGCAUCAAAUUUACAGCAGGGAUGGGAUUUCAGUCGAUCGCGCAUGAGCUUCAACUGAUUACUCAAAAAAAAAAAAAAAAAAAAAAAAAAAAAUCCAAUUUGUGAGUUUCUGUUGAUAUGCCCUGAAGUUUGAAUUGUGUUGUGAAACAAUCAAUGGAAUGAAAGAAAUGGAGCUAUCAACCCAUAAGAUUAUAUUGUUACUUGGCAUUGGCUAGUUGUGCUUGUUAUUGUAAAACUUACAUUAUUCUUGGAGAAUUAUUGUGUUUAAGACUUGAGAGUUGUAUAACUCAAUAUGUGAUGUUUUGCUUUAAGAAAAUAAAUGUUAAUCAGAUAGUUGGCAA